AUGUCGAAAAGAAGUGCCGAGAGCCAGGAAAACCUAGAGUCCCUCAAGGCAGGGCAACGGCCAGACUCGAGCGCAAACGGCGACCCCACCCUCGACUUUGAAGAUGAAUUCGAAGAUGAAUACGAGUCGGAAGACGAGAUCAUGGAGGCGGGUGUUGACGGGCGACCAGACGCUGAAAGAGAAGCGGAGCAGGCGCAAGAUGCGAUGGACGUUGACACAAAGGAGCAGACAUUCAUCCCGGGCCGGUCGAUACUACAACCUGGUAUGUCGCUGACACCGGAUCCUUCCACUUACGAGAUGCUUCACCUGAUGUCGACGACGUGGCCUUGUCUGUCCUUUGACGUCGUACGAGAUAACCUGGGAGAUGACCGCAAGCAAUAUCCAAGAACAGUCUAUGCGGUUGCGGGGACUCAGGCUGAGUCGUCACGCGCCAAAGAGAAUGAGUUGUACAUUUUGCGGUUGAGCAGUCUGUCCAAGAUGGAUCGUGGUAAUCAGACGGACUCGGAGAGCGAUAGCGACGAUGACGGUGACGAUGAGGGCUCCUCAGACCCUGUACUCGAGUCGAGAUCGAUACCGCUCCCAAGCACAACCAAUAGAAUCAGAGCAUUCCAGCCCGCGUCUGCCAAUGCCGACGUGACUCAAAUACCUCAGACAUUGACAGCGACAUCCCUAGAAAAUGGUCAGGUUCUGAUCCAUGACGUCUCACCAUAUCUCCAUUCUCUCUCAACACCUGGCUACACACUGCCUCCGAACGCCUCGAAGCCGCUCAGCACCCUGCGAAUGCACAAAACAGAAGGCUACGCACUGGAUUGGGCACCAACUUCUUCUCAUCCAAACGGCCGGCUUCUGUCUGGUGACAAUGCUGGACAAAUAUUCAGCACCCAACGCACCGAGGGUGGUGGCUGGGUCACCGACACCAGGGCAUUUGUCGGCCACACCGACGCAGUAGAAGAACUUCAAUGGUCACCCAAUGAGAAAUUUGUGUUUGCAUCUGCAAGCUCCGAUGGCACUGUGAAGGUGUGGGAUGCGCGGAGUAAGAGUCGCAAGCCAGCUGUGGACGUGAAGAUCAGCAACACCGAUGUCAACGUCAUGUCGUGGUCGCGCCAGACGUUCCAUCUACUUGCUACCGGGGCUGAUGACGGCGAAUGGGCAGUAUGGGACUUGCGUCAGUGGAAGCCUCAGUCAGGCGCGCCACCCGGUUCGCAGGUCAAACCAAGUCCCGUCGCCAACUUUCACUUCCACAAGAAACCCAUCACUUCGAUAGAAUGGCACCCAACGGACGACAGCGUGGUGGCUGUUGCUUGCGCCGACAACACUGCAACUCUGUGGGAUCUCGCAGUCGAGCUUGAUGACGAGGAAUAUGGUAGAGAAGCAGGCUUGGGCUUGGGCGAAGGUGCCGAAAAGGUCCCUCCGCAAUUACUGUUUAUUCAUCAUGUUGAAGACGGCAAAGAACUGCACUGGCAUCCACAAAUGCCCGGCACGGUCAUGGUCACAGGUGGAAGCGGUCUGGGAGUUUUCAAGACAAUCAGCGUCUAG